AUGAAGAGUAUCUGUAUCCGAAAGGUGGGAUAUCAGAAGGGCGCACCUGAUCUCCGCGCGACGGCGAAGCGGCUCAACCCCGAGCUCGACGUCUCGCCCAUGGACAACCCCGCCGCCAAGUUCCCCACGGUAGACUACGUGGACCUCGUCUUCCCCGGCCCGGACGGCCUGAUGAGCAUCAUCAAGACAGCCUGGGUGCUUCCCAUCGCCGCCCAAACCGCCUUGACUGGCACCCUCGCCGACUUCCUCCGCACGCUCGGCGCGACGGUCACCGAGGUGGAUCUCGACGCGGAGGACGGAGACAGCGACGAGGAGGACGAGCGAGACGGCAACGCGCUCCACAACGGCGAGCUCUCGGGAGGUGGCGCGCCCGCCGCGGGACGGCCGUGGCGCAUUCUUCUCGUUGUGCGCGGCUUCUCCUCGAAGAGUGAUGCGCUCGCUUUCGAAUGGGCGUGGCAGAAGCCGCACACCAGCCGGCACAUUGCGCGACAGUGGGGUGUGAAGGGAUUCGGGAAGUGCGGCACGCGGUCAAAAGUGUCGGUGCGGUUGGCGGCGCUUGCGCUGCUGCUCGUGCACGGCCAUUGGGCCGCGUGCGCGCUUCAUGUCCUCUUCAAGUUCAAGUCGGACAUCGAAUACAGCUCGCACUCGCUCGGCGCCCUCUCCGAGAUCUCGGCGAUCACGGCGGCCAAGGGGGUGCCGGCCGCGUUCGGGCUCGUGCUCACCAACGCAACCACGUCCGAGGGUGCGCCGUUAUGUUGA